GAGGCGGAGUUUUGGUCCCUCCCCUCCGGCAGCGCCCGGCAUUCACUCCGUCCGUCCGUCCGUCCGUCCGUCCGUCCGUGCGGCGCACGGCGCCCUGCAGAGCCGGGACACGGCAGCAGGGUAGGAGGACCCGGAGGUGGUGUGCAGCCACAAGUUUCCAUCCUGCCCCCACCUCCCGUGGAGCAGCCCUGUGCUAUACCCAACCCCCCGCACAGAGCACUGAGCCGGCUGCUGCCUGCCUGCACCCCGCCGUGGGACCUUCUGCUCUUCCCAACAAGUGAUGGCAUCGCUGUGGGUGAGAGCCAGGAGGGUGUUCAUGAAAAGUCGUGCUUCAGGUUUCUCGGCGAAGGCGGCGACGGAGAUGGGGAGCGGCGGCGCGGAGAAGGGCUAUCGGAUCCCCGCCGGGAAGGGCCCGCACGCCGUGGGCUGCACGGAUCUGAUGACCGGCGACGCGGCCGAGGGAAGCUUUUUGCGCCUGUAUUACCCAUCGUGUGACGACACAGAUACUGAAGAGACGCCCUGGAUUCCAGAUAAAGAGUACUACCAGGGGCUGUCUGACUUCCUCAACGUGUACCGGGCCCUGGGAGAAAGGCUUUUCCAGUACUAUGUUGGCUCAGUGACCUGUCCUGCAAAAUCAAACGCUGCUUUUAAGCCAGGAGAGAAAUACCCACUGCUCGUUUUUUCCCAUGGACUUGGAGCUUUUCGGACCAUCUAUUCUGCUAUCUGCAUAGAGAUGGCUUCUCAAGGCUUUCUAGUGGCAGCUGUGGAGCACAGAGAUGAAUCGGCUUCAGCAACGUAUUUCUGUAAAAAGAAGGCUGAUUCUGAGCCAGAGGAGGAUCAAACAUCAGGCGUGGAGAAGGAGUGGAUCUACUACAGGAAGCUCAGAGCAGGAGAGGAGGAGCGCUGUCUGCGUCACAAGCAGGUACAGCAGAGAGCACAGGAGUGCAUCAAAGCGCUCAACCUCAUUCUUAAGAUCAGUUCAGGAGAGGAAGUGAUGAAUGUGCUGAACUCAGACUUUGACUGGAGCCACCUGAAGGAUUCUGUUGAUACUAGCAGAAUAGCUGUGAUGGGACACUCUUUUGGUGGUGCUACAGUUAUUGAGAGCCUCAGCAAAGAAAUUAGAUUUAGGUGUGGCAUUGCCCUUGAUGCGUGGAUGCUCCCGGUAGGCGAUGACACUUACCAAAGCAGUGUGCAGCAACCACUGCUCUUUAUCAAUUCCGAAAAAUUCCAGUGGGCUGCCAAUAUCUUAAAGAUGAAGAAGCUUAGCUCCAAUGAUACCAACAAGAAAAUGAUCACCAUCAAAGGAUCGGUACAUCAGAGCUUUCCUGAUUUUACUUUUGUGAGUGGAGAAAUCAUUGGAAAGUUUUUCAAGUUAAAAGGAGAAAUAGACCCAAAUGAAGCUAUUGAUAUAUGCAACCACGCUUCAUUGGCCUUCCUGCAGAAACAUCUGAGUCUUAAGAGAGAUUUUGAUAAGUGGGAUUCACUCGUGGAUGGCAUAGGACCCAAUGUUAUUUCUGGUACCAAUAUCGACUUAUCUCCAACUGAGUAAGGAGUACAAGGAAGUACUGCAAAGGCCACCAGCAGCAGGACACCAACGUUGGCCACACAUUGCUUGGAGCUGAGAUAGCACUGGCCUCCCACACAGCUUUUGGAGUGUGAAACAACAACAAAAAAAUCACAGUGGAGAAAGAUUUUAAGUUCAGAGGAGUCAGUGGGAUUCCCUAAAAUACUGCAGCAGGGCAGUUCUUGCUUUGCAGGCAGUAGGCAGGAGGCAAUUGAAACAUCUCUGACCUAGAACCAACUUUGCAGAGAUAAAUGAAGCUCCAAGGAAUUCAGCUACCAGUUUUGUCAGUCUGCAGCACCCAUCAAGUUUGGGGUUUGUUUUUUUGCCAUGUAAGAAAGAGCUCCUUAAGUUAUUAAACUACGUAAGAGUAUUUCAGCUGCGCUCUGGAACAGCUGGGGCUGGGACACACUUCUGCUCCUUCAAGGCAGGAAGGUGCCAUUGGGAGAAGCUCUUCUGAAUUGGCAUUUAAAUGAGCGUCCCAGUAAAAGCCACAUGAAAUAGCGUAAGGUAGCUGCAAAAGUAGGAGUUUGUUCUGACAGAGGACCUCUCAUGUGAACUUACCCCUUUUUGUGUUCACGCCGCUGUGCUCAGAAGUGGUUUCCAUUCCAAAAGCUGUUAAAAAGGUCGCUCAGAGCAAGCGUAGUUUCCCCAGGGCAGAGCUUUACAGCAGAGCCUCCCCCAUCAAUCCCUGUGCCACCACCAUCAACUAGUAUUGCUGCCGCUUAAACUGUGGAAUAGAUGCACACCACUGCUACUUGCUCCCUUCAGAAAGGGGCACACGAGCAGUGUUUGAUCACAGUGAUGUCUCACGCAGUGGUAAUACCCUCCAUAUCCUCACCUUUGUGCAGGUAUUGGCACUGCUGCCCGUAGGUGCCAGCAGAUACAGUGGGCUGUGAAUGGCCAAAGGCAGCUCUGCUUUCCAGAGCAAAACUGGAAGGACUUGGAGAGGGGGAAACUACUACUGACUGUAACCUAUUUGUUCCAAAAUAAGGGUACAAACAAGAUGCAACUGGAGCAGUUAACACUAAUUAAACAUUUUGUAUAAAUCUGAUCUUAACAUGAGAUCGCAAUGAUAGCUGCAGUCUGUUUUUCAGAAUUAAAUUAUUUACAGCCUA